AGAGGCCACCACCAUCACUUGGACUAAAGAUGGAAAACGUUUGGUGCCCAAUAACCGGACAGUCAUUACUGGGGAAACUCUGUGGAUUAAGAUACGACACCCAGAGAUUCUGGCCUUUAUGCUUGCACUGUUAGGAUUGCAGACAGUGAAAGUUUCUACUUCAUUAUAAAUGUCACAGAAGGACCUAUAUGGACAAACACUGAGAAAAUGGAGAAGCGCUUACAUGCUGUUCCAGCAGCUAACACAGUCAAAUUUCGUUGUCCAGCUCUAGGAAACCCCCAACCAACCAUGAGAUGGUUAAAAAAUGGGAGAGAAUUUAAGCAAGAGCACCGGAUUGGUGGAUUUAAGGUACGGAAUCAGCACUGGAGUCUUAUAAUGGAAAGCGUUGUCCCAUCAGACAAAGGAAAUUAUACCUGUAUUGUUGAGAAUAUCCAUGGAUCCAUCAAUCACACAUAUCACCUUGAUGUUGUUGAACGAUCACCACACAGGCCUAUCCUCCAAGCUGGUCUACCAGCCAAUACCUCUGCAGUUGUUGGGAGCGAUGCUGAGUUUGUCUGCAAAGUUUAUAGUGAUGCCCAGCCUCAUAUCCAAUGGAUAAAACACGUAGAAAAGAAUGGAAGCAAAUAUGGACCAGAUGGACUACCACAUUUGGAAGUUUUAAAGCAUUCGGGGAUAAAUAGUUCCAAUGCUGAAGUGCUGAAACUGUACAAUGUGACAGAGGAGGAUGCUGGAGAAUAUAUUUGUAAGGUCUCCAAUUAUAUAGGGGAGGCCAACCAGUCUGCCUGGCUUGUGGUUCAGCCAGAUAAAGCUUCAGUCACAAACAAACCUUACCCAACAUAUCCAGACUACGUUGAGAUUUCCAUCUACUGCUCGGGAGUCUUCAUCAUUAUUUGUAUGGUGGUGGCCGUUUUCGUGUGUCGCAUGAGAUCUACAACCAAGAAAUCAGACUUCAGCAGUCAACCUGCGGUACACAAACUGACAAAGCGCAUUCCUUUGCGCAGACAGGUAACAGUGUCUGCAGAAUCAAGCUCUUCUAUGAACUCCAAUACACCAUUGGUGAGAAUUACUACCCGUCUUUCUUCCAAUGCUGACGCUCCCAUGUUGGCUGGAGUUUCUGAAUAUGAACUACCAGAAGAUCCAAAAUGGGAAUACCCAAGAGAUAAGUUGACGCUAGGAAAGCCUCUUGGGGAAGGAUGCUUUGGUCAGGUUGUCAUGGCAGAAGCAAUGGGCAUCGACAAAGACAGGCCAAAAGAAGCGGUUUCUGUUGCAGUGAAAAUGCUGAAAGAUGACGCCACAGAGAAAGAUUUGUCUGACCUGGUGUCUGAGAUGGAGAUGAUGAAGAUGAUUGGGAAACACAAAAAUAUCAUCAACCUUCUGGGAGCAUGCACUCAGGAUGGGCCUCUAUACGUGCUCGUGGAAUAUGCUUCCAAAGGGAAUUUGCGAGAAUACUUGCGAGCCCGACGUCCACCAGGAAUGGAAUAUUCAUUUGAUAUUAACAGGGUCCCUGAGGAGCAGAUGACGUUCAAAGACUUAGUCUCAUGUACAUACCAGUUGGCAAGAGGAAUGGAAUAUUUAGCAUCACAAAAGUGCAUCCAUCGAGAUUUAGCCGCAAGGAACGUUUUGGUUACUGAAAAUAAUGUCAUGAAAAUAGCUGACUUUGGGUUAGCUAGAGACAUCAACAAUAUAGAUUAUUAUAAAAAGACUACUAAUGGUCGACUGCCUGUAAAGUGGAUGGCACCAGAAGCUCUAUUUGAUAGAGUUUACACACAUCAAAGUGAUGUGUGGUCAUUUGGUGUCCUAAUGUGGGAGAUCUUCACUUUAGGUGGGUCACCCUACCCAGGAAUCCCCGUGGAAGAGCUUUUCAAAUUGCUUAAAGAAGGACACAGAAUGGACAAACCUGCCAAUUGCACCAGUGAACUCUACAUGAUGAUGAGAGAUUGCUGGCAUGCGGUGCCUUCACAGAGACCUACUUUUAAACAGCUUGUGGAAGAUUUAGAUCGUAUCCUCACACUUACAACUAAUGAGGAAUACCUCGACCUUAGUGGGCCACUGGAACAGUAUUCGCCUAGCUAUCCAGAUACCAGGAGUUCCUGUUCUUCAGGGGACGAUUCUGUUUUCUCCUCCGAUCCCAUGUCUUAUGAACCUUGCCUCCCUAAGUACCAACACAUAAACGGAAGUGUCAAAACAUGAAAAGAACUUCUGCCAAUUCCACAAAGGAAUGAAACCACAGCAUCUACAGUAUUUACCACAUGAAAAAGAGUCUCUUGCUUUAGACACACACAAGAUUUUCUUGUGCAUAAGAAAAACCAAAAUUGGGGAAAAGUUGCCUAAUUAUUGCAAAAAAGAAAAGCAGUAGCUUGGAACAUCACCCAAUAUUAUGAAGAGAAGAAUUUUCAUGGGCCAUUUGUGGAUGCCCAUGAGCAAGUUAGCUCUUCGGCCUGAAGCCAAAACAGCCUUUCUAAAGUCAAUGGACACGUUGGACUUGAGGCAAACUUCAGACCAGCCUUCUUUGUUAAUUUUGUAAUAUUUUGAGAAAAUAUAUGUUGACACACACUUACAGAGCACAAAUGCAAUAUAUAAGUGCUGGAUGUAUGUAAAUAUAAUCAAAUAUGUACAAAUAUAUAUUAUAUAUUUACAAUGAACUAUUUUUUUGUAUUGAUUUAAAAAUGCAUCCUCCCCCCCCCUUCGAGGAAAUUAAUCUUUCUUUCUUUUUUAAAAAAAGAAACCGCUAUUUGUAACUACAUUUCUUGCAUAAGACCUUUUUUUUUUCAAUCCUCCACACCCUCCUCCUCCUCCUUUUCCUUUCCCCCCUUCUUCCUUCAAAUCCAAAGGUGAAAAAUAUUUUACUUUCAGGGAAAAAUGGUAUAUCAUUAAUUUAUUAAUUAAUUGGUAAUGUACAAAACAAUUAAUCUUUUAUAGGGGUUGUGUUAUGUUGUAAUUUAAAUGGCAUUUCUAUGCAGACAGCACAAAGAACUAGUAGAUAUAUUGCUCAAAAGUUACUAGUUGUCAAUUUUUUUUAAAGAGAGAAAUAUUUACAGUAUAUAACUAAUUCUGGAAAUUAAUGUUCUGAUUAACUUGGGUUUCAAAUGUUGAAUGAGAAGCUGUUGCUUUAACUAAAACCAAAGCUCUCAAAAAUAAAAACGUGUCUUUUAUCAA